AAAGAAAUUCCCCCUAUCGGACACUAAGAGUGGUUUGCUCCAAGCGUCACUCCAGAGAUCAGCAGUUAACUUACACGAAACAAGAGUACAUUGUGGAAACGUCGAAUUUCGAAUUUAGCUCAUUUUGGACUACGAUAAAAGACGAUGCUUGAUUUGCUUCAGAGUAUGGAAGUUGUUUUAAGCGUUGCAGCACUUGUGUUGUUUGUGCUUUACUACUUGACGAAGUCAAGGCCGAAUCUUCCCCCAGGCCCCCCAUCAUGGCCGAUUUUUGGAUCCGCCUUAUCUUUGCAAAAAAUGGGCCUGAAUAUGAUAGAAAGCAUCAGGGAGAUGAGAGCAAAAUACGGCGAUGUUUUCAGGAUUACGAGAUUUGGACGUCACUUUAUUUACGUAAACGGCAUGGAGAAUCUGAGGGAGAUCUUCAUCAAAAGAGCGGACGCAUUCUCUGAUCGCCCGAGCAACUACCACACGGAGUAUAUCUUGAAAGGACAUGGAAUAUUAGCAAGCUCUGGAACAAUCUGGAAGGAACACCGGACGUUCGCCUUGACAACCCUCCGCGGUUUUGGCUUUGGGAGGCGAUGUCUUGAAUCUCAAAUCAUGGAAGAAGUAUCUUGUCUUUCGGACAAAAUAGCUGCACUAGAUGGGAAACCUUUCGACCCCAACGAGUAUAUCCAUGUGAGCGUGUCAAACGUCAUGUGCUCCAUUGCUUUUGGAAAACGCUACGAACACUCUGAUGCCGACUUUCAACAUAUGCUUACCCUAGUCACUAAACUGCUCAUUGUGCCUCGACGUCCGGUUUUGGGCAUGUUCCCGUUUCUUGGCAAGCUGCCAGGGGAUUUUUUUGGCGCCAAGGAGUUGCACGCUAUUGAAGAUGAAGUCAAAGAUUUCGUUGGCCGCAUUAUAUCUGAGCACAAGGAGAGCUUUGAUGGAGAAAACAUCCGGGAUUAUAUUGAUGCUUUCCUUUUGGAACAAACUAAACAUCAAAAUAAUGAGGAUUCUACUUUUUCUGAGGAGCAGUUGGUAUGUACACUGCGGGAUUUUUUUCUCGCCGGCUCUGAGACAACAACCACUACUUUGAAGUGGUCUUGGGCGUUUUUAGUCAAUCAUCCGGAAGUCCAAUCAAAGAUGAGAGAAGAGAUUGAUGACGUCAUCGGUUCUCGGCCGGUUAGCCUUGCCGACCGAGAUAAAAUGCCCUUCACUGACGCGGUUCUCACUGAAACGCUGAGAGCAGGAAAUAUCGCCCCCUUUGCCCUUCCCCACACCGCAUCUUAUGAUGUCAAUUGGAACGGUUAUCUCAUUCCGAAGGGUGCCACCAUUUGGCCGUGUUUGGACUCUGUCAUGAACGAUGAUGACAUGUUUACAGACCCGGAACAUUUCAAACCAGAACGAUUCCUAGAUUCGGAGGGAAAGCGACUCGGCAAUGAAAAAUCCGUCAUUUCUUUCUCAUUAGGGCGCCGUGUUUGCCUGGGAGAGUCCUUGGCGAGAAUGGAGAUGUUUUUGUUCCUGGUGACCAUCAUACAGAGGUUUGAACUGAAGCCCUCGCCCACACACCGCAUACCUUCGCUCCACGGUGUCGUCGGUACGGCACACGCGCCCCGUCCCUACCACAUCUGUGCCAUCGAGCGAACCUGAGAGAACCUGGAAUCGUGCCACCAUACCUUUCGUUGGACAUUGAUGAACACUGAUUAUUUUGUCUAUACAUGAAUAUGUCUUGUAGAGUAUAUCACGUGAAGGAUUAUAUACAUGUAUUUUGCCGUUUUGCAUCCAUUCAUGUAGAGUUUAUCACGGACAUUGUAAAUGAUAAGGAAUUUGUUUUAUGUUUAUAAAUGUAGAGUAUAUCACGAAUAGAAUUAAAUAACUUUAGCAGGUUAUUUUAUGAUUAUGCAUGUUGUAUGUAUCACGUAUGGUUAUAGCUUACUGUUUUUUUAAGCUUAUAUACAUGUUUGUACUAUCAUAGUAGUGUGAUUCACAUAUGUGUUCACUAAUUUUUAUUACUUUUUAAAACUUUAAAAAUACUUUUACUUGUAACCAUAUUUAACAAAUUCGAGUUUUUGAAAGAAAUUGCAUCACUGAAUAAGAAACAACGUAUUUUUAUACUAUCCUAAUUUAAUUUUUAUCUCAGAUAUUUACUGUAUUUUAAUAUUUAUAUAGAAUCUCUUUAAACAAAUAUGUUCUUAAUUUUUGUUUGUUGUUAGAAUCUUAUAUCUUUACAUCUUAAGUCUCGUGUAAAUUUGUUUGUCAAACAAAUAAAAUACAUUGCCUUUUUUAAUGAAUAAUGAUACCGGUACUUUAAUUGCCUGUCGAAUGAAUCUUUGAUGAGAUGUUAAUAAGUUGUAUAAAGGAAUAUAUGUAUGUUUUUUUAGACGGACAUUUUUAUUCGUAGAUGAAUAUAUAGUUUUUAUUUUUAAAAAGUAAAUUGCUUAUUUUUUACAUUUUGGCUCAUCUGAGCAUUUUCAAGCUCAUAAGGGCUUAGCACAAAAAAUAAACUAGUAUUAUAAUUAA